CGACCUUUCAGACCUUCUCAUUGGCCUUCACAGAUCACCUAUGUGGCGGUCCAACUUGAAGUGGAUGAGCCACCACCACUGCCGCUUCAUGCCACGCUAACAUACAAUAACUGACUGACAAUGGGUCUAUGCAUGCGCAGGUCCACAGGUUGCUCCUUAACCCACCUCCCUCGCCACCUCAGUGAUGUCGUCAUCUUCCAAACUCUACAUCCCCGUACACCGACGGGAGCCUCCACCGGGUUCGGCCAGCUCAACGAAGGUUUCGUUACCAGCACACUCGUUGUCACCCUUGCCUCAUGAUAGCAGACUUAUCCCUAUCUACACACCUUCAGACAUGCUACUAUUAGCGUCAUCGCCUCUGUCAAAGUUAUCGCAGGACGAAUUGAGCACCUUGCGAGCCGUAGCACCAGAAAUCGUGCAGAGCCAGAGGCAGCGCAGAACACACGAAUGGAACAUGAGUUUUGGCCCGUACUGGCCCGGGAACCCUCGCAGACGCCCUCAAUUCCCCUUGGGGUCACAUUUAAACACUUCGGAAUCUGAAGGUGGGGGACAAGGAUGGAGGAAAUGACGCGUAGUGAUACACACACCCAUCCGAGUCGAGUCCCAUCUAGGCAUAUGCGAAGGCAGUCUUUAUUGUGCUACAGAUCAUGUUGUAUGAAUCCAAUUUUUUGAGCCAACGCCUAAAGAGUCGUUUGAAAGUGUAUCCGAGAA